AUGCGCUGGCCGCCAUGGGCUUCGGAAUCGCAAGCCCAAACAACCGAUGAAUCCAAAUCGCUGACCGCAUCCCUCUCCUCCACCGCCUCUUCCAAAGCUACCGAUCUCAAGAAAUGGCUGUUGGCGCUUGACUGGGCCGCCUUCGCCGAGCCUCGAACCCUCCUCUCCACCGCUAUCCUGACGACCGCGAUCCUGGGCGCCGCGCGCCUCCACCGCCGCUAUCUAAGCCGCUUCCCCGACGCCGUGAGUAUCUCGCCAUGGUACUUCCGGAAGAGGAGCCUCCUGGGCAAGGUCACGAAUGUCGGUGAUGGUGAUAACUUUCGGAUCUAUCAUACUCCUGGCGGGAGGCUGUUUGGGUGGGGUUGGUUGCCGUGGAAGAAGGUUCCGACGGCGAAGAAGGAUUUGAGGGAUAAAACGGUUCACGUGCGCUUGGCUGGUAUAGAUGCCCCCGAACUCGCGCAUUUCGGUCGCCCGGAACAACCUUUUGCUCGCGACGCGCACGAGUGGCUGACGUCGUAUCUCACCAAUCGUCGGGUCCGCGCCUACGUACAUCGCCAGGACCAGUACCAACGUGUCGUGGCGACCGUGUAUGUGCGACGGAUGCUGGACUUCCCGAUCCCGUUCCGCCGUCGCGACGUGUCGUAUGAGAUGCUGAGACGGGGACUGGCGACGGUGUACGAGGCAAAGGCUGGGUCGGAAUUCGGCGGUCCGAAGAUGGAGCAGAAAUAUAGGAAAGCGGAAUGGUGGGCGAAGAAGAAAGGGUCGGGGCUCUGGAAGGGCUUCCGGGGUAAUAAGGACUGGGAAAGUCCGAGAGAAUAUAAGACUAGGAUGGGCGCGCAGGACCAGUCGCAGGAAAACGGGGGAAAGAAAUGA